CGCCGCCCUGACCAAUGAGAUCGCUCCUUCAAAGUUUUUGCCGCGGUUAGCUCUGAGCUAACAUGCUAACACCGGCUACGACGCAUGUGUUUUCUCCUCCCAGCUGCUAACAACAACAACAACAGCAGCAGCAGCAGCAGCCCGUCCCCCGUCUCCGGCCCGGCCUCAUGGAUCCUGGUGGGAGUGACCUGGACUUCAGCCUGCCUCAGCCCGAGACCCCGUGUCUGAUCGUGGAGGACUCUCAGCCGGACAGCGUGGCCCUGGAGGACGACCCCGAGAGCAGCUACAGAGCCCUGCUGGCCCGCCGCCUGUCCAGCCUGCAGCCCUCCUCCCGCAGCCCGGUGCUGGAACUGAUAUCCUCCCCACUUGGAAGCAGAUACUCUCAGAGUGACAGCCAAUCAGAGAGCUCCCAGAGUAACAACCAAGCUGAACCUGGCGUUCUCAUGGCGGCCAACCCCAGUUCUGCAUUCGAGGAGGAAAGUCAGGUUCUAAACAUCUGCCCUCCGAACAAGAAGAAGUGUGCACCAGAGGACACUGAUAUGGAUUCUGGAGCCGAUUCUACCACACACUGCAUUCAGUCUGAAGGGGGAACCUCUCAGUUUGGUUUCCUGGAGCUCUCUCAGAGUCAGGAUCUGCGAGGUGAAGUGGUGAACAGUCGGGAGGAAGAAGCAGACGUUGUGGCUCAGACAGACAGCGAGAGACGCUCCAAACUAGCAGAGCAGAACGUCAGCUCCAGGACUUCAGAGAGUCAGGACAACAAAGCAGUGAGGUCUGAGGUGAGCUCCAGCAGCUCAUUGGAGUCUUCGGGUCAGUCGGGGAGGCAGCUGGGCAUCCAGGCUCUGCUGCACUCAGAGGGCCUCCAGGCCUCCGACGAGCAGGACUGUGAGAUCCUGUCCUCACAGCAGGACAUGUUCGACGCCGACAAGACGGGUGCUGCGGUGGACAGCACCGUGUCCGAGCCGGAGCAGCAGGGUCACCCGACCCCGACGCCGGCACAAAGCCUGCAACUGCUGCACCUGUCUGGACAGGGAACACUGGUGCAGGAAAGUCUGUCCCAGAGCUCCAUCGACUACGUCGCCCCCACCCCAGACAACUUCACCCACACCCCUCUAAUAAUCCCCAACUCGCCCACCGGACCAGAGAACGAACACGGCGCUGAUGAACCGAUGGAUACUUCGCUGCCCCCAGAAGGCCGAGGGGGAGAAAAGGAGGAGGAGCCAAUGGAAACGGAGGCCGCCUCUAAGCCACACCCAUCCGCCUCUACUCCCAUCUCUCAGAAUUCCCCUGAUUUUGUGAUGGAGCAAACUCUCUCUUUACCCUCCCAGCCGGAGUUCUCUCAUGACGUGUUUGUCCCGACGCAGAGCCAGGAGGCGCCGCAACAGUCCGAUAAGAAGACGGGCGAAACGCAGUCUCAACGUCUGGCGUCGACUUCCUUCACUCUUCCUCUGCAGCUCUCCUGCAGUAGUCCAGCUCUGAAGACCUCCGAACAUAUCGAGGAGGACAGCCAGGCCACGCAGAUCGAGGAGCUGGGAGAACCGCCCGGUGUCGACGCCGGCGACUCGGCCGUUACACAUCAGAGGAGCGAGAGCAACGGCGUCGCUCCGGAGUCACAAACUCCCACCAGUUCAAAAGCUGCCACCUCGGCCGAAUCGACGAAGCAUCGCAGCGAAUGUACCGAGAACGAGCCGUCGGAUGCGGCGCAAAAACCUGAAGUGAACAAAAAGACUUCUUUGAAUGUAGAAAAUGUGAAUGUGAAGGACGGUAAGAGCGACGGCAAACAGGCGAGCCCUGCUGACGUGGUGUCGUGCUCGCAACCAAAGCUGGAUUCCUCUCUGACUGUUAACAGCUGUGUGCAGGAGACUCCCAACACAGACGCUUCACCUCGCAGUCUGACCUCUCCGUCCAUGGUCUCUCAGAAGUCUGCUGUGAAUGUGGCGAAGAGUUCUGUAGACUUGAGGAAGGACGGAGGAAGUGCAAAGAGUCCGUCCGCCAAAGCAUCGUCUCAGAAGUGCGGAGCUGUUGGUAACAGUCAAACAGUGAAGGAGGUGACGGAUGAGAGGAAGCAGGGUGAAGUAGUGGAGGAGGAUGUGGUGAUGGAGGAGGGUUCGGGUGUGGCUCUGGUCCAGCUGUUGUCCCAUGAACCCAUGGAGGAAGAGGAGGAGGAGAGUGAAAAGCGAGGUGAUGACAGCGUCAUCAUUGUCACAGACAGCGAGAGAGACUCCGAGGUUCUUCAGAAAGACGUGACGCCGCCACCGAAGACCAGCAGCUCCCAGACGGUCGGAGGCAAAGCGCCCGUCUCCACCAACGGCCAUCAGUCCAAGGCUCAGGAGAAGAAGGUCCACGCCGUUCCUGAUAGGCUCUCCCAGAAUGAGAGGGCGGGGCCUGAACCAGAGGGGCUCAAAGACAAGAGUCUGAGUGACAGCUCGGGAGAAAUUUCUUUCCACUUCACGCUUCCUAAAGAAGGGGAGCUGAUUGGUCCUGCUGUUGGAGCCACGCCCCCUUUAAUCAACCAGCUGAAGCAGACGCUGAGACACAGCACUCCCAUCGAGAUUACUUCCUUCUCUGAGAAGUCCGGCGUGGGGGGUGAUGGUGCGAUGGCGGCCAGUGACAUUGUGUCGGGGGAAAGCGGUGAUGACACCACGACGGAGAAGGGAGACGGGAAGCUGAGUUUGAGGAUGAAGCUGGUGACCCCCGUGGAGGAGGGCAGCUCGGAGCGCUUCAGCCUUCAGAAGCCAACACUAUCAGAAGAGGAUGGAUCCGUCGCCAAGGUUACCACUGUUGCCAAGGCCGUAACCAGCAGCCCGUCGGUGUUCAGUCGUGUCAGACAGGUGCACAGACAGCAGGAAGCCAGAGAGGACAUCCAGGCUGGAGGCAACAGCACACCUGUCAGAGGGCAGCUGUUCGCCUCCCCACAGAGGAGCUCCCAGGCGUCCUCGCUGGGAUGCAACAGCCUCCCCAACAGCCAAUCAGAGCCUUCACAGCAGGAAGUGUUGGCAGCAUCGCAGGAGACCCGUAAGGCUCCUCCAGGCCCCGCCGAGCACUCUGAGGACAGACGGGGUCCGACUAAAGCUCCAGAACCGCCCGCCCCCAACCGGACAGACGCCAGACAGAAGGUCGCCCAGCAGAGCAGCGACAGCACCGUCACCUCCACUCCGUCCAACAAGCUCCGUCAGCGGACUGUCUCCCUGCAGACCAGCUUCGAUGCACCGGGGCUGAGAUCUCCAGCCGCCAGGGGAGAACCAGAGUCUCCGUCCUUUAGAAGAACAGCAGCCCCCGCCCACCGCAGACACGUACGCACCAUCCAGGAAGUGCGUACCACCGUCACACGGAUCAUCACAGACGUGUAUUAUGAGGACGGCAAGGAGGUGGAGCGCAAAGUCACAGAGGAGAACGAGGAGCCCGUGGUGGACUGCCAGGUGUUGGACGGCGACAUCUCCCCGUGCCGCACGGGCAGCAGCUCCGUGACCUCCGGUGACCUCGCCGACAUCAGCUCUCUGUCGUCCAAGGCCUCCAGCCUGCAGCACAGCUCCGGAGGAACCAGCAGCAGCGGCUUCACGCGGCCGGACUUCAUCAUGCCGCCUCGCCGUGGGGCCUUCAGUCCCAGGAGGGGAGGCGGGCAGCAACAGAGGGGUCACAGGGGUCACCGGGCGGGGUCAGUGGUCACAGCGAGCCGAGGCUACGGCACCCUGGGGUCCCAGGCCUUCGCCCCGCUGACCCCCAGAGGGAGGGCCAGGAGGGGCCGACCCCCGUCCCGCUCCUCCAUGAGCAGGGGAGGCGCUUUCGGCUCGCUGCCGAGGCUCGGCGUUCACAGCCAACCACAUUUCUCCUCAGAGGACGAGCACUUCACCCGCAUGCUCCCCCCACGCCUCCCCGUCAGCCCCGCGGACGCCGACCUCCACAGCCGCUCCGACUCCCUCCGCUCGUCUCCGGAGGAGGCCAACUCGGCCGGCAGCAGCUUCGUGGGCCUGCGGGUGGUGGCCAAGUGGACGUCCAACGGCUACUUCUACUCGGGCCGCAUCAUCAAGGACGCCGGCGAGGGGAGCUUCCGCCUGAGGUUCGACGACGGCUACGAGUGUGAGGUGGCGGGGAAGGACAUCCUGCUGUGUGAUCCCAUCCCGCUGGAGACGGAGGUCACCGCGCUGCUGGAGGACGAGUACUUCAGCAUAGGUGUCGUGCGGGGCCACAAAACCGAGGGUCCGGAUCUGUUCUACAGCGUGGAGAAGGACGGACAGAGGCAGUGGUACAACAGGACGGCCAUCAUCCUGUCUCUGGAGCAGGGCAACAAGCUGAGGGAGCAGCACAGCCUCGGGCCCUACGAGCCCGCCAUGCCGCUGGCCAAGGCCUCCGACAUCAGCCUCGAUAACCUGGUGGAGGGGAAGAGGAGGCGCAGAGGAGCCCCCGAGGGUCAGAACACCCCCAACCGCAGCUCCUCCUCCAGCAGCCCUCGAACCCCCGGACCCUCCGGAAAGAGGAAGCUGAUGAGCUCCGAGGACCACAGGACGCCGGCCAAGAGAGGCCGCCGGGGCAUGGGCGCCCGAGCCGCUCAGCGGGUCGCGGUCUGUAACACCUCCGGCAGCGGCACCGAUCUCCCCGGUCGGUCCGGAGACGUGGCGGAGACUCACGGCCCGCUGCCCCAGAACACCACCCUCUUCAUGGGCUUCGCCUUCAUGCUGACGGCCUCGUCAGAGAUCGACCGGCUGACCAACAAGAACGCCAGCGAUGACGAGGAGGGUGAGGACGAUUACGUGCAGACGGGUCCGUAUAACAAAACGUACACAGAGUCCCAGCUGCAGACGGGUGGAGGCUUCGUCCUGCAAGACUUCAACGAAGAACAAUGUAAGGCGGCCUACCAGAGUCUGCUGAUUGCAGACCAGCACUGUCGCACCAGGAAGUACCUUCUGUGUUUGGCCAGCGGUGUGCCGAGCGUGUCGCACAUCUGGGUGAGGGACUGCUGCAAAGACAACAAGCUGCUCAACUACAGGAACUACCUGCUGCCCGCCGGGGUGGGGCCCGAUGAGGCCAUAGUGGAAUGGCAUCCGCGCUGCAGCCCGUUCAAGACUCUGCGGGUCCUUCUGGUGUUUGAGAAGCCGGUGGAGCUUUGGGCACAGCUGAUCGGGAUGGGUGGAGGCUCCUCCGUCCGACAGUUCCCGGCAGACAAAGACGUCUCAGACAUUCCUGCCGGCAAGUACGACGUGGUGGUGACGGACCGCGCCUGUCCGGCAUCGGUGGAGAAAAACAUGACAUCACAGGAAGUCCCGCUGGUGUCUCCAGAGUGGAUCAUCCAGAGCGUCAUCCGCGGGGAGCGCCUGGGUUUCCAUAGUAAGCCUCAGUAUCACCAUGACUACUCCUCCUCCUCCUCUUCAUCAUAAUCCCACUCCAAAACAAACGCCUCCGGACCACAUUAAAUGUUCUGCAUUAGUUCUGUUGCAUGCCUCUGCUGUAUAUAACUUUAUCCUGUCUGUUUUUAUUGAGAUAA